AUGCCUGGCUGGAGCGGAUCUACCUCUGGGGGAUCCUUGGAGAGUUUAAGGCAUGGAGCUUCCUGUUUUGCAGAGUGUGUAGGACACAGUGCAUUGUACUUCCCCAAAGGAGCCAGAUACAGCUACAGGUAUUCAACAGUCACUACCACAUUCCUGCAGGGAAGCAUUUACAAAAGCAGUGGUGUAUCUCUGGAGAGCACAGUGACCAUUGUGGCUUUGGGGAGGUGCCAGAUGGUUUUGAAAAUGCAAGAUGUACAAAUCAAGAAAACUCUUGCUUCCAGAGAGGAAUCCUUGAAGGAAAUGGACAGUUUAAGAGAAAUACUAGAACAGCAUCCUCUUCACUUUUCUUUCUAUGAUGGGAAAAUUCUAAAGCUCUGUCCUGUAAGGAGUGAACAGACUUGGGCGCUGAACAUUAAGCGAGGUAUUCUUAGUAUCCUGCAGACAUCACAAGCAUCUACUGCUGGUGGAAUCAUUGAAGAGAUGGAUAUUCUGGGAAUAUGCCCAACCAAGUAUCAGCGAAAAGGGCCUAUUCUUGUCAAGACAAGGGACUUAAACCUCUGCUCUCAUCGGUAUUCUGGUUUUACUUCUGUGCAGUCUGUUGCUCUUCCUCAGUCAUCUGAGCAGCAGAUCCUGUCUUCUGAACUGGAAUGCAUUCAGAGCUUUAAGGAUGGAAUCCUGGCAGAAGCCAAAUGUACAGAAUCCAACCUUGUUAUGCCAUUCUCUAAGAAGGGAAGUGGGGCAAAGACAAAAACACAAUCUUCACUGAAACUCUUUCAGGUAGAAGCAGAGACACUGUACAAGAAAGUGGAUUCCGAGGAUCUGUAUGUGACCAACAUGCUAUAUGAAAGGGAACAAACUGAGAGACAAUUCACUGUAGAUGAAGUGACUGAAUUAGUGCAGAAGCUCUGCUUAGCGCAUAGUGUGAGACUGGAGACUGCAGACAUUUUCAUGACUCUGGUGUUUGAACUUCGACAUCUUUCUCUUAAGGCCUUAAAAGCACUGUGGCGAAGAUCUUCAUUUAAAUGCAGAGAUAACUGGCAGCCUCUAAUAGAUGCUCUUCCAUCGUGUGCUACAGAGGCGUGUGUUCUCCUAAUGAAAGAAAUUAUAGCCUCUGGAGAAGUUGAGGAAGACAGAGUAGAAUCUUUCCUUUGGUCAUUUUCAUUCAUUCCCAAGCCCACUUCUGGCAUGAUUGAGUCUCUUGCUCCUUUGCUGCAGUCACCGGAAGCAAGCCAGAGCUCCUUCUUAGGAGUAACUGCUCUUGUACAUAGGUUUUGUUCAGCUCACCAAUCCUGUGAUGGUGUGCCUGCUGUGCAGAGUGUGAUGAGAACUCUUAGUGAAUUUCUGGGAGGAAACUGCACUGUGCAAGAUUCAGAAGGACUCAAGCAGAUGCAACUAGUGUUAAAAGCUAUUGGAAAUGCGGGACUGGCAGCAGCUUCACUAACUCCAGUUUUGAGUUUUUGUGCUUCCCUGAAAAGUAAUCCUGUUGAAAUUCGUCUAGCUGCUAUACAGGCAUUCAGGCGCAUUCCCUGUUCUGUCAGGAAUGCUGUAUUAGUUCAGCUAUAUCAAGCAACCAGUGAUGAAGUGGAAAUAAGGAUUGCUUCUUACUAUAUAGCAAUGCAAUGUCCAAGUGAAGAGUUAUUUAAACAAGUACAAAAGACUUUGCAAAAGGAAACAUCCAGUCAAGUGGGCUCUUUUGUUCGGAGUCAUCUCUCCGAGCUCAUGGAGACAAAUGAUCCUCUGAAGGAGCACUUUCGUGAUUCUAUUCCUGAUGACAUCCUUAGCAAAGAUGUUGACUGGGAAGCAUGGAAAUACUCCUCAUAUUCAGAUGUCACAUUCCACACAGCUGGUGCAGGUGCAAAUAUGGAAACAUCAGUGGUCUUUUCUCCUGCAUCUUUUCUACCACGAUCAGUCGUGACAAACUUGACAGUUCAUCUUAUGGGGCAGGCUAUCAAUCUACUGGAGGUUGGUGUACGGUUAGAGAAUGCAGAAGUUCUCAUGCAGAAGAUUUUUGGGCAAAAAUCUGCUACUUUCAGUGACUAUUUUUUUGCAAACACUGAUGAAAGAAAGCACAAAUCAGAAAACCCAGUGAAGACAGUAGGAAAGGUCAAGCAGUGGAAGCUCACUUCAAAGCGGUACAGCCAUGGUGAUCAUCUUGUGUCCAAGGCUGGCAAGCCAAAGUUGAGAAGAGCUAACCAGAAUUGUCCUGGUAGAAAGUAUAAUAAGAUGAGUGGGUUAGUGAAGAAGUUCACUGAGAAAAUGGUGAGGAAGAAGGAGCUGAAAUGUGAGCUAAGCGUAAAGAUCUUUGGAAAUGAAUUUAGGUUUUUGGAUUGUGCAGAUUCAAGAAAACAAAUGAAACAUUAUUUUUUAAGUCUAUCUGAGCUGGCUGUCAAACUUCUGAAGGGGCAAGAGGUUCAGUUUAAUAAAAGACUGAGUUUAGCCACUGAAGAAUUGCAGUUUCCAGCAAUUUCAGGCUUUCCUGUUCAACUGGCUGUCAAUGCCUCAGCAGCAACCAACAUAAAAAUCAAAGGGAAUGUGAAUUUCAAACAACGGUCAAAUUUCUUUGUGAACGGAUAUAUCAAGCCAAGUGCAUUUAUCCAGAUUUCUGUCCAAAUGGGAACUGUGGGGACUCUGGGAAAAGCUGGCCUAAGCUGGGAAACAGGAGUGAGGACAUCUACUAGUCUUGAUGGUGGAAUCCAGGUUAAGAAAGGGAAAGAGCUGAAAGUUUUUUUGAACACUCCAGAAGAAUAUAUGGAGAUAAUUAAUUUCAGCUCUAAACUCUACUCUAGAAUGAUGGAAUGGACAGAAGAUGUUGAUGUCUUCCAAGACCACACAGAAACUAGAUAUUGCACUAAGGAGGAAGUGUCCAAGAUUAUUGGCUGGCAGUUGUGUUCUGAAAUGCUGUAUCCUGACUCAGCCAGUGGUUUGCCUUUCCCCUUUACUGGACCUCUAAGAGUGGCUGUCACAUUAACUAAGAAAGACAGAGGCCUGCAGCAGUACCUUGUGGAAGCUGCAUAUAAUUAUAUUGCUCAGGAGGGUUCUUGGGUCCCAAAUGAAGUUAUCCUUCACUUCUUCAUUGGAACUCCAAAGUCAGACUUGAAAAGGGAUGUUGGUGUUGACCUAAAUUUUAAUGUCCCACAGAAGAAAUUCAGAAUCAAAUUUAUACAACCAGGGAAAAAAAUAGAGAUAGAUGGGAAUAUUGAGUUUUCAAAAAAUUCUUGGAUAGGAUACCUGGAGCUGAUAGUAGAUGACCAAGAUAUAUACUACAUUAAGGGAAUGACAGAUUUCCACGUACUAAGUGGAGAGCAGAGAUACAUGACCCAGCUGGAGGUAAAGCUGGUAAGACAAAGCAGCCCUAUUAUUCUGUCAGGAAACAUCACUAAACAACUUGGCAAGAAGAUAGCUUUUUCUGUAUCCCUGAAUAAUUUAUUGAAGGAUGCUGCAUUUCUUUCAGUAUUUCUGGAGAAGAAGCUUGAUAAGCUGAGGCAGUACUCACUUGAAGGGGAGACUUACCUUCCAGGUAUUCUUGGAGCUCAUGUCAUCAGUCUUCUCCAGCAACAUGAGAGCUUGUGGUCACAUGCUUUGAGGAUAAAAUAUGGAUUCCCAGGAGAUGCAAUUUAUCAUGAAUGUAGUACAAGGCAGAAGAUUAAAGAGGAGACUGGUGCACAUGAAGUACACAGACUGGAUAUUGGGCAUGAAUUUCACUGUACACGGACCCCAACCUAUAAUCACAAGGUUCACCUGAAACAUGAAGCGAGUGCAUCUUGCCUUUCCUCCCAGCUGGAAGUGAACUAUGGGAAACACUGGGAUGAAAUAAACAACAAGAAAAAAGUUCUGAUCAGCCAAGCGUUUAAGAAUAGUUCCAGUUCGUUUCUGGUCAACUAUUUCAUGGAGUUUGCUGUUCAAGUCCUGGAAAAGCAGGUGAAUUACAGAACCCAGCUGCAGCACUCACACAAUUCUCAGGGUUAUUCACAGAGCAGCACCAACUUUAAGGUGCAGUGUAAUAACCACAUGCCUUUUGUGGCUGGACUGCAGUGGAAAGAUGCAUCCAGAAAUGACCUUAAGAAGUGGGAAGGUGGAUUAAAUAUGGACACGCCAUGGCUGUAUCUGUAUGCAACGCACAAACUAACUCAGCCUCAGCGUUCUGCUUAUUUAUUGACUAUGGAGCUGACAGCCCGGAAAAUGGUCUCUGUUAAGAAUCUUGUAGUGGAGCUAUUCUGUAAAGAUCAAGGCAAUGAAAAAGAAGGGAAAAUUUAUAUUUACACCCCAGCUACCACAUAUCUGCAGGCAUCCACAUUUAAUCAUCUUGGGAGGAAUGUUCUACAUAGCUAUAGUGAAGUGAUAUCUCUGUGGAAUCAGCUUGUGAAGAGUGAGAUUCUUUUGGAGAAUAAUGAACGAGCCAAAUUUCUCUGCUUUAAGAUAGAGAGUGCAAAACAGGAAUUUAACUUCACAGCCAGCUAUCAGAAUCUGCCAGUGCCUAAAAAACCAAACUUUUCUGUGAAGGCUAUAUGGACUGACUAUAGAAGUCUGCCUGUCAUGCUACACUUUGAAGGUCAGAUAGAAGAGCUGAAGAAGGAGAAGAUGCUCUAUCAGAAACGUGGAACUCUCCAUUUCAGGCAUCCAUUUGAACUGCUCAAUCCACAGAGUUUCCUUUUCCAGGAGACAUUUACUGUUGACAAAAAGCAAAAGCACUACUUUUUGGAGACAAAAAUUUUGAUAAAUGGACUAGAGGAAUCAGUUCAAACUUUCACACUUGGCUACCAACCUGAAAACCCCUGUAUUUGUGCUGGUUUAGCUCAUCCUUAUAACUUCAGGUGGCUCCCCCAAAAUGUUGAAAUAUGCAUUUUAACUCGAAGUCACCAAACUGUGAGUAAAUUUCCUGUUAAAUUUAAUUUAGAAAGAGAGAUUCAUUACCUGUCUGUGAAGAAGGAAGUUGAAACUACCUUGAAAGUCAAUAAGGAAGAUGUUCUUAGCUUUGUAGGAAGAUACCAGGACAAAUCCAGUAAGGCAGAUUUCAGACACCUUUUAUAUGUGGAUGUGACUCAUUCAUUCCAGCUUGUGUUUCCACAAGCAGUGGCCCUAAGUGGGGAGCUGUUUUCUAGGCAAACCAAACUGGAAGAUAUUGACUACAGUGUAAAUGCAAAAGCCAUCUUCAACAGCAACGAUUCGUCACAGGUCCAAGCAGCCUUGAAGAGUUAUGGUGAGAGCAACCUCAAUGGAUCUCUCUACAUUCAUUCUAGUGGAAGGAAUGUGCUGAUGCUGGAGGUUGAUACGAACAAUGAAAAGAGGAGGAAUGCCAGAGUUGUUAGAGUGAUCGCUUUCCUCCAUCAGGCAUUCUUGACAGAACCGGAGUCAAUGCAGUUCCAGUUAAUGGGCAAAAUGUUUCCAUUGAGUCUUUUGAUAUCUUCUGAAAUAAAGCUGAAUGAAAAUAGGCUUCAUGUGGAUUUCAUGGGAGCCAGAGAGCAGAAAGAUGGUCUUGGCUUGUCCAUAAAUGGAAAAGUCCAACACACAUUUACUGGAUUAAAGGCUAUACCUCAGCUUCUUUCUCUGAAUGGAUUACUGAAGUGCAAAAGCAACAUACAUGAUGGUAAUAUCAAUGUGAUGAUCAACAAAGCACUGUAUGGACUCCAUCUCAGGAACAGAAAUGCGUUUGGGAAUUCCAGCGUACACAGUGUCACUUUUGCUAUGUUUCAGAAUGGCAGUAAGGCAAUGCCAAUGGAGGCAAGACUGAAAGGACAUCUGGAGCUGAGUAAAGAGAUCAAAAGAGGUUUAGCUAGUUUCCUGGUGGAUGAGAAAGUCCUUUCUGUAGAUUUUUCCAGUGUCAUGAGUCAUGAAUACAUCAGAGUCAGUGGGACUUUCACACAUAAUAUCAGCUCUUUAAAAAAUGCAGGAUUGCCCUUGGAUGGCAUUUUCAUUGCCAUGUGUGACCAUGUCACAGCAAAUCACACCAUUACCAUAGCCUUACAGACUGGCAGUGAAAGGAUUACUGCUGUGUUUGAAGGUCAGAGACUGUCUGUAGAACAUCCUAAAUCCCAGCUAUCUGUGAGUUUACAGCAUAACAACUCAAAGAUAAAGAAACUUGGAAUCCCCUUCAUUGUGGAAGCAGCUGGCUAUUACCAGAAUUUCAGCAAGGGGAUUGCUGCAGGUAUAACAACCAUGAUGGAGGAGGAACAGUUCAAAGUCAAAAUAGAGAAGAAAACCACUAUUGGUGCUAUGGAAAUUUCACUGUCACUUAAUCAUGAUAUAGGAGCACUGAUAAGCAUUGUCCCACAGGCCAUACAGUCUCCAGCAAAAGUUUUACUGAAUGGGUCAAUGUUUACUGGCAACUCUACUGUCAAGUUCUUCGGACACGUUUCUUUUAAUGAGAUAUUUGCCUACCUGCAACUCUAUGCCACAUUCAACCUGCAGCCUCAUUUGGAGCUUGACUUUAAGCAUUCCUUGCCCCAGCUUCAGUCUCUGGGUGUUGCCAAAGAGAACCAAGUGAAGGUGUCAGCCAUGAGAAGUGACAAGUAUAAAGGCAUGCUUGAGAUUGUCCUUGGACACUGCAGUUUAAAAGCGGAUGGAGAAGUGAGCCUGGCAAGCAACGAAACGGAUACAGAAUGGAUACUUACUGUUAGAAACAAGUGUGUCAGUCUAGAGACGGUGGGACUGCCUCAUGCAGUAGCCUUUGAGGGCUCAUUCAAACAGAACAUCUGCAACAUUGGCUUAUUGAUGAACCUCCAAUGUGAUGACAAAACAGCUAAUACGCAGAUAGACACUUCCUGUGAGCAUGAUUACACAUUCCAAGGAAUACUAAGGCAUUCAGUUCCCUGGCUUGAGGAGCUUGGGCUGCCUUUUGAAAACUCUGUCCUGUUCUCUGCAGCCACAGACGCCACCACUAAAGGUGUUUUGUCGCUGCAGGUUGGCAAAUGCAACCUUAAGGCUAGAGGAGGUCUCUGUAUUCAGAAUAAAGCUGAAUGGACACUGGAAACAGAAACAUUGUGUCAACAUCUACAGGAUCUCGGUAUUCCAGCUCAGUCACGGCUCACAGGAUAUAUUCAGAAAGACAGCUGCCAAGCAGGACUUCUCUGCGUCCUUGAAACAGAUGGCAAGGUUGCCCAUCUCGAAGUAAGAACAGAGUGCAAGCCAAAGAUGACUCUUGAAGUUCAAUUCAGACAUGAAUUCCCUCAACUGAAAGAAAUUCCAAGGGAAAAUAAGCUAUCUGUCAUGGCACGAAAGGAGUUAAAGUAUCAUAUUGACAUAGGAUUGAGUUUAGGUGCUUGUGAGCUUCAGAUGAACGGGGAUUUCUACUCUGAAAAGAAGCUUCAGUGGAAAAUGUUUAUAGAAAACAAAUGCCAAACAAUUCAGGAUGCUGGAGCACCAGUAAAAAUUGAUGGUUCAGGCUAUGUUUUGAUAGAUAAAACGAACAUAGAUUCACAGGUGUUGAUCAUUGCUGAUGAAAAUAAAUUGCAAGGACUCCUUAUACUAAAAGCCACUGAUGAAAGACAGGAGCUGGAUGCAGUACUAGCCCAUAACAUUCAAGGAGCCACUGACAUUGGCAUUCCUACAAGGACAUCAGUUGAUGUGGUAUCAGAAAAAAAUGAUGACCUCUAUAAAAAAUUUAUUCAGUUCUCGGUGAACAACAAGCAAAUUACAGAAGAACUGAGCCUUGUCCGGAAGUUGGAUAGUAUAUCUCUUAGCUACAAACUUACUCAUAACAUAGAAGCACUGAAGACGCUGCAAAUAGAAGACAGGAUUGAGUUGCAGACUAUCUUGAACCUGAAAGCAAUCAAGCAUUUAAAUAUUAAAGUGCAUUAUGGUGAUUACCUGAUGGUUCUUGAAGGACAAAUCCAGAAGUCUGAAACAAGUACUGACAUAACUGGGAAUUUUCAGCAUACUUGGCCAUGGUUGCGACAAGCCAGAGUACCAACAUCUUUACAGAUAGAUGUGUUUUUUCAAGGAAGAAAUGCUACUCGAGAAAGACGUAUGCGCAUUGCAGCUGGAGAAACAUCAGUCACAUACAUAAUAAACUCUUAUUAUAUUGGUAACCAAAUAGAAAUUUUUUGCCAAAGUGUACAUAACAGCGAGACGUUACAGGCAUCUGGCUACCCUAAGACAAUCAAUCUGAUUCUGAGUUUACAGAAAUUAGAAAACAAAGCCAAGACUACCUGUGAAGUCCAGUAUGAUGACAAAGAUAUAACUGUGAAUAUGGAUGUUGAUGCAGACUUUGAACUGUAUGGUACAUUUGAAUUCAUGGCAGAGGUGAAGCAUUCAAUAUCACUUCUCAGGCAUCUGGGACUUCCCUUCUUCUUUAAGGUAAAUUAUGAUGCAAGUGAAGCAGAAGGCAAAUUCUUCCUCAGGAUGGAAAAAAAAGAUUUCAAUUUUACAACUAAGCUGAGUUUUAUUGGGACUAGCUAUACUACCAUCAUUGAAAUGAUGCACACAAUGCCUCAGUUAAAAAGUCUUCCAAGGCAGCUCAUGUUCAUGACAGUUUACCAAAAAAGUAAUGGGACACGUAUACUGAGACAUAUUGCUCUUUGGGAUGGCAAAGAGGUAAAGGUAACAGGCACCUACAGUGGAUUCUUCCCAAAGUUACCUGGAGGACAUAAAGUUAGUGUGGAGCUUUUCCAUCCUCUCUCCAUCCCUUUCCCUUGGCAUACCAGGCUCAGCAUAUAUAUGGAGCAUUCAGCACAGAGUCACCAGGAUGAUCUAACUCUUGUCUGGAAUGACAAAGACCAGGUAUCAGCAUCAUCAUCAUUGAGGUUUGGAAGAGAGCAUAUAAGCUGCAGAGCUGCUGUUGCCCACCCAUUUAAUUUCAGUUUGAGGCAACUGGAGGUCAAUUCCCUCUUGAGAAGAAGAGGCAGAAAGUACGACCAGCAGGUGCAGCUCAUGUGGAAUGGUGGGCAGCCUGCUAACAUCACUUUGACCUUGGAAGAUAAAUCAGAGAUGAAUAUCACUGCCUGGGAUGCUUGUAUGAUGCUCUCUUCAGGUCAGCUUCAGAGAGUAUUAAGUAUGGGAUACUUUAAUGCAUGUGCGUCUCUGGAGCAAACAGCAGUGUUGUUCAAUGAGUAUCUAGAUCUGAACUGGGAUGACAAAAAAUUCAAACACAAUUUGACUUACAAGAGAAACAGAUUCUUGUACCCUGAUACAUUUCAGUUAGAAGCCACUUUGGAAAAUAUUUUCCUGACUUUGUGCACUAAACAGAAUAUCCUGGGUAAAAUAGAAACAAACUACUCAUCCUGGCUGGCCUAUUAUAUUAACUUUGGAUGCUUCGAACUCCCAACUGUAAUUACUUUCUCUGGAAGACAUCAGCUCAACAAAGGAGAUACUGUUUUGCAAUCAGAGAGCAGAUUCCACGUUGCUCAUCAUGGAAAACAUGAUGGGUUGAUUGCAGUAUCCUUAAAAAAUAAGAGCACAACUGAUAUGAAGAACUAUUAUGUGGAGAUUGAAUUAAAAGCUUUUGAAGAUAUUUGGCUGGGCCUGACAGGAACUACUUCUUCCUCAGCUGUUCAGAGCCAAAUCCUGGUGGAGGGGAUUAUUGAUCAGAAAGAGAAAGUAAAAGUAGCUGCUUCUAAAGGAAAGGAAUGUCUUCAGUACUACAUGGGGUAUUUGAAAGGGGAUUUGGAGGAAGGAAUGGAAGUCAGUGCUUGUACCGAUGGGCAACAGAUGGCUACUGUUAAUACCUAUCUCAACAUUAAUGGUGAAAGGCAAGAAAAAAUGGGACAACUGACCCUAACAGCUGUCAAUGGAAGCUUGAGUUUCUUGGCUUAUGGCUGUGGGGAUCCAAUUCUUAAAGCUGAGUACAAACUUAAUGAAAUUGGGAGCCUUUUAAAAGCCAGACUGCUGGAAAAGAUGAAGAAGUUUGAUGGAUAUGUUUGGAGACUCAGAAGAUCAAUGCAGCAAGUUGAUUUCCUGUUUGAAGCAGCUAGCUGGCCUUUGAUAGCCUUGCAAGAAGCAGCAGGAUUCCUCCACAGUGUGGGUAGAGCUGUUGCACAGGUGUGGAAGCAGAGUGGAAUCAGGCAGAUAUUGAGAAGCAAGCUCCCACUUUACCUGGAUAAAAUUCAAGACAUUGUCCAGCAAAUGCAGAACGAAUUGCAAAAGCCAUUAGCAACUUUGAAGGGUGCCUACUAUGACAUAACCUUGAAGCCAUUGGAUGAGGUUUGGCAUGAGAAAACAGAAGAGUACAUGAAGAAAGUCCAGGCAUUUGUGCCAAGGGUUGUGAAAGAUGUUUGGCUAAUGGAACCAAUCCAGGUGGCAAUACAGGUUGUGAAAGCAGGCCUGGAUAUGACCACACAUCAGAUGCUCAGGUGGGCAGAAGCCACACUUUCUAGAGCUGUGCGCAAGAUACGGAAGUCCCUACUCAACCUUUACCAUUUUUCAGCCAGGAACUGUUCAGUGACAGUAAAACUGCCAGUACUUCCUAAAGCAGACCACUCUCUGGACCUGGCAAAUAUUACUAACUAUCUCAUUGAAGAAAAGCUAAUGAGACCUCUCAAAGACCUCUAUAACAUCAACAUAGUUGCAGAGUAUUAUAGAUUCAAACGGAGGAUGAUGGAGAGUCCCUUUGAACAUCAUGCUAUGUUAAUAGGGAACAAGCAUCUUGUGACUUUUGAUGGAAAAAUUUAUGAUUUGGAAUCAAAGUGCAGUGUGCUCCUUGCCAAGGAUUUUGUUCACAAUACUUUCACUGUAAUACUAAACCAGGAAAUUAAUAACUCAAGAUCACUGUAUGUGGAGAUGAACCAGACUGUGAUCAAUAUCUACCCAAGACUGAAGAUAUCCAAGAUACAUAACUUCUCCUUUAUGGAACAGAACUGCCAAGGAAUGGAUCGAUCUCUUGAAAAGAAUACCACUGAUUCAAGGAGUGAAACCAACAAAAUAGAAAUGUCUGAUCAGAACGGAGUUUCCAUCUCUUGCGACUUUCAGUAUGAUCUCUGUACUGUCACUCUGGCUGGAUGGCACCAUGGUAUUUCAGCUGGGCUUUUUGGUACCAAUGAUAAUGAAGCAAGGAAUGAAUGGAUACUUCCUAAUCAUUCCUUCACUGACAACGUACAAGAAUUCACACAGAGCUGGCAGGUGAACAAGUGCAGUCUCAUACAGAAGAAAGUGCAGCCAUGUACCAGGACAGCUAAGCAAAGUGUCUGUGAAGUGCUUUUUGAAAAAGCUCACUCUCUUCUUAGGAACUGCUUCAAAGUUGUGGACCCCGAACCAUUCUACAGCAUGUGUCUGUAUGACACCUGUGAAUCAAAUGAGUUGAAAGCUGCCUGCAGCUUAGCAGCAGCAUUUGUUCACUUGUGCAACCGAAAUUUUGUCCCUGUGGAAAUUCCUCCUCAAUGUUUGAGUUUAUUCUGAAUAGCAGAUACCAGCCCUGAAGAUGAAAGCCCUUCCAGCAUCCAAAAUAAACUAACCAUUUGGGUAGACCAGCUAGAAGCAACAGUAGAGAAACCAGUUCAACUGUUAAUGAAUUUAAGUGUUAUGACUAUGAAUAUGAAGCAUAUGAAAGAAAGCUUUUCACCCAGAAAAACCGUGAGACCAGAGCAGUGAUUUCAGUACAAUGACAAGAAACUGUAAUCAGUCAAAAGAAACCAAACAGGAGAAUAUCAACUACUUAAAAACAAACAAAAAAAUACCCUACAACCUCUCCCAUUCAGUUGCAGGAUUGCUUCCUCACAAGCAUUAAGCCAUAACGAGUACAUUUGAAAGAUCAAAAAAAAAAAACCUUUUC